AGGGGCACAUAUACAACAGCAGCUGAGUGUGAGUUAACAAACUAUAAAGUGUCUACAAGUACCAGUGCGUUAAUAUUCCCUACCGUGGUCAGAUGAUGGGGUUCACUGCUGGUGAUGGGGCUUAUAACAGGACGUGCCAGAAAAAGCCAGAUGUAGGACAAUGAACUCCAAUGUUACGCCCACUGAAGAGAGACUGGUACCAUCAUACCACCGUCCACCGUGUCUGUCUUCCCUUGCUGCUGGGGCCGUUGCUCGGAGCCUCACGUAUGAGGAUUAUGAAGAAUGCAAUCAUUAUAGAUGGGACCCUGUCACAAUAUGGCAAUAUGAGUUACCACAAAAGAAGAAAAAAAAUAAAAAGUCUGCUGAGAGAAGCCAGAUAUAUAACCUGAAUGAUGUGACAAUGCCAGUUCCAAAGCCACAAUGGCAAGAAAUGAGGAAGUUUCGUGACUGGUGGUGGAACACGAGUACGCUUGGAAGCCUAGAUUCAGUGCUGCGUGCACAAGUUGUAAAUGCUUUUGAGCAGUUAAGUUGGACCUCCAAAACAGAGGAAGAAUUUGUCCUUUUCUUGCUACUCCGACUCUGCGUUGACACUAGGAUUGAACUUGGUGGGGAACGCUUUGAAAUUUUGAGUGAAUGGUGUUUGGAUCUUGCUCAAGUAAUAGCACAACUGGGGCCAUUCCCACUUCAGAAGUUGUUUGUAACUGAUGAUAAACUGGGAAUUAAGCCUGUCCUUACUGCUCUGGUGCAACAGUCUCCACAUCUACAGGUGUUAAAAAUGAAUCAGUGGGCUCUUAGUAACGACUUCAUGAUAUCUUUGGGGAGUCGCUGCAGGAUGCUUACAGAAUUUGCCAUUCCAUUCAUGCAGCCACAAGUGUUUAUGAGUGAUGAGUCAUUAUUUGGAUGUUUUUUUGAUGGCAUGACAAGUGAAGAGGUUGUAUGCUGUUGGAAAGAAGGCACAAAACCAAAGAUAUCAUUUGGUCACCUUAAAUAUGUUGACAUUCUAUACUGGAAGCAAACAGAAAGGUUUAUUCAAAUGUUGUGUGUUUUCUAUCCAAAUGUGCGCUUGUGUGGAAUUGAUGCUUAUGUGGACGAGAGUGCAAAGAGUCUUGUACAACCCUUCUUGGAUGUUGGGGCCCAAGUCAUGGCAAUGAGGGUCAGCUGCAGGACCAAAGGUAUUCUUGAUGAGAGAUUAAGGAGUCUAGUCAACAAUGCUCCAGUCUUACGAGAACUUAGACUGCACGUCGAUGAUAACUUUGAGGGUGCAGACUGCAAUUCUGUGUUUGCAAGGAGAUUGGAAGAAGCAGGAGCAAAACUAGAGAAGCUGGUGUCUCAGAUUAGUGCAUUUGAAUCUCUUGCCCUUCGCCCCUACGAAGAAGUAGACAUCAUGAAAGUUGUUUUGCCGACACUACAUGCUCAAGGCAGCUGUAUUACCAGCCUGCAUAUUUGUUACGAAUACUCUCAACUUAACUCCAACACCCUUUAUCAGAUCAUUAACCUGUGCCCAAGGUUAUAUUUUCUGGCAGUGUCUGUGGCAAUGAACGAUAGUGAUGAUGCGUCCAGAAACUACAGAACUGUCCUUCGCCCCUGUGUGACGUUGCAUACCCUCGUGAUCCAGGACAUACCCUCGGAGACUGACACCACACCUGACGCUUCCUUCACCAUGGUGGUGGAUAAUAUAUUGAAAUCUGCUCCUAACUUAGAGAUGCUGGGAUUGUCAUGUGACCUGGACAUGGAAGACGAGUUUGUUCUUUUAUCGUCUGAUUCUGUUAAAACUCUUCAUCUUCAGUUUUGCUCUGAUUUAGGCAGUCUGUCAGCCUUGCAGAUUUUCCUGCAGCACCUUCUACCUAAUUUUCCCAAUCUGAGGACCCUUUCCUUGGAUGAAAGAGAUGGUACUCUUGACUUUGAGUCGCUGGCCCCGGUGUGUCGGGCUGAGAUCAGUGUCACAAGAUGGAAACCAGAGUUUUUCCAGUUGCCAAAAUGGGAUAGUUCGUGUGGCUCGCAGAAUACGUUCUCUCUAUAUGUGAUGUAAACAUAUCAGAAGGCAGUCUGUUGUUGUCGUUCAUGCAUUGAUAUCUUGUUAGUUCAUUUUUAUUUAAUGGCUGCAAAAAUGUCAGUAACAUUCCCCCAUCAAGUAUUUUAUAAAUUGGUAAUAAUACUGUAUAGCAAAAUAUAGCCCUUUCUCAUUUUUUCUUAAGUGUUGAUAGUGUCAUGAACCAAGACCCAAAAAUUAACAUCUCUAUUAAUUUGGUAUACAUGUUGACCUCAACAAUGCUAAUACUACUGACUGUGCCGGCUGUGCACUAUCUAAUGUACUUCUUGAAUCAUGUUUCUGUAGACCAGCACAUUUAAAAUAUUUUAUAUAAACUAAUUUGUAUAA